CAUGCACGAAAGUUGGCCACUUAAACUACUUCCAACCAGCCAGCAGACAUUAUACUGAACCCAAACUACACCAAGGGAAAAGAAUAACAGUGCAUUUUUUUCCCCACCUUACACACAACUUUAAGUGCAACUGCUCUAUUUUGCAAUUUUUUUUACAUUUUAUUUGUAGCUGCCGUUAUUUAUUUUUAUUUUUGGCUCGUCCAUCGCACCAGAGGAGCGCAUCACUUUGAUUUUUCCCCCGGUGGAAGAAGGGCUUGUCCAGUUUCUCCGCCUGGGAUUGGGAUUUGACAGCAAGACUCAGCAUCUGUUCGAGCAUUUUGAAGACAUUCCGGUUUUUUUUUUUGACUUGGACUUUGUGAGAGUAGCAGGUUCGAGUCCGUUGUGUUGUUUUGUCUGAGUAGCUAAAUGAUGGCUACUUUACCAGGAACUGUGCCUCGGAUGGUGCGCCCUGGGCCGGGCCAGAACUACCCCCGAACCGGCUUCCCCCUGGAAGUAUCCACCCCUCUGGGCCAGGGUAGGGUGAACCAGCUCGGCGGUGUGUUCAUCAACGGGAGGCCCCUGCCAAAUCACAUCCGACACAAGAUAGUGGAGAUGGCCCACCACGGCAUCCGACCCUGCGUAAUCUCGCGACAACUGAGAGUUUCUCACGGUUGCGUCUCCAAGAUCCUCUGCCGAUACCAGGAGACCGGAUCGAUCCGUCCGGGGGCCAUAGGAGGCAGCAAGCCCAGGCAGGUGGCAACUCCUGACGUGGAGAAGCGGAUCGAGGAGUACAAGAGAGAAAACCCGGGUAUGUUCAGCUGGGAGAUCCGGGAUAAGCUGCUGAAGGACGGGGUGUGCGACAGAAGCACAGUUCCUUCAGGUGAGGCUUCAUCUGUGAGCUCCAUCAGCCGCGUUUUGAGGGCCCGAUUUGGCAAAAAAGAUGACGAGGAUGACUGUGAUAAGAAGGAUGAAGAUGGAGAAAAGAAAACAAAGCAUAGCAUCGAUGGCAUCCUCGGUGAUAAAUGUAACCGCACAGAUGAUGGUUCAGAUGUAGAUUCGGAGCCCGACUUGCCCCUGAAGAGGAAGCAGAGACGCAGUCGCACCACCUUCACUGCUGAACAGCUGGAGGAGCUGGAGAAGGCCUUUGAAAGGACACAUUACCCAGAUAUCUACACCAGAGAGGAGCUGGCUCAGAGGACAAAACUCACAGAGGCGAGAGUACAGGUGUGGUUUAGCAACAGGCGAGCCAGGUGGCGCAAACAGGCUGGGGCCAAUCAGCUAGCGGCCUUCAACCACCUGCUUCCUGGAGGAUUCCCACCCACAGGGAUGCCAACUUUACCUACGUACCAGCUACCAGAUUCCAGCUACCCCAGCACCACGCUAUCGCAGGAGGGCAGCACAUUGCACAGACCCCAACCCCUGCCUCCAUCAUCCAUGCACCAGGGAGGUCUGGGGGCUGACAGCAGCUCUGCUUAUGGUCUUUCAUCCAAUCGCCACAGCUUCUCCAGCUACUCUGAUACUUUCAUGAGCCCCUCAGCAUCCAGCAACCACAUGAACUCAGUCGGCAACGGGCUCUCCCCACAGGUGAUGAGUAUCCUGAGCAACCCCAGCGCCGUAUCCUCCCAGCCCCAGCACGACUUUUCCAUUUCCCCCCUGCACAGCAGCCUGGAGAGCUCCAACCCCAUCUCAGCCAGCUGCAGCCAGCGCUCUGACACCAUCAAGAGUGUGGACAGCCUGGCUUCCUCCCAGUCAUACUGCCCCCCCACCUACAGCGCCACCAGCUACAGCGUGGACCCCGUCACUGCAGGCUACCAGUACAGCCAGUACGGCCAGACUGCUGUAGACUACCUGGCUAAGAACGUGAGCUUGUCCACUCAGAGGAGGAUGAAACUUGGAGACCACUCAGCCGUGCUGGGACUGCUGCAGGUGGAGACGGGACAGGCCUACUAGAGACACCCUGCACCACUCUCCUCCGCCCUCUGCCACCCUCCUCCAUGCUCCAUCAAGUCUGGACUCCAACUCCAGCUCGUCUCUCUGCUGCUCACUCUGCAGCCCGGCCAUGACAUCAGCGCACAGACAUGCAGCCUCGCUGUGCACCGGAGAAAGGGACGCUUGCGGGUGUGACAAGGCUCUUCGGGGAAUGGAACUAAACUUUUCACGCCAUUGUCAACCACCAGGCGGCUCUGCACCCGCUCUCCUCAAUAUUUGGGCGUCGCUGCCUGCUCCUUGUACUCCUACCCCAGCCCCACACCCUGUUUUGUUUUACUCAGAAGGCCAGACAGGACCCCAGAACACCCGAGGAUAGUCGGCCGCCUUGGCCUGGGUUCCUCUUUGUCAUGGCUGCAGUCCAGCACACAUUUAGAGCCAUCAACAACAUGUACUUUGACCUUGCUGUUCAUAGUAGUUAACAAAGCCAAUAUCAUUUGAACGACUCUUAUUCUUGUUCCUUUUUGAUAUUGUUAAGAUUAUUGUUGCUGUUAUAUGAUUAUGGUUAAUGUGAUUUAUGUUGUUCUUUGAUUCCAUUCGUAUCUCUUUUCUCUGUUAGAUGUUGGUGUGUAAAACACAGUGUGAAUGACUGAGACGAUUUGGGAGUGAGUGUCUGUUGCGUGUGCAUGUUCUGCGUGUCGGCACAGUCACACAAGAGAAGAUGAUUGUUUUCCAAGCUGCUGUUCCUCAGCCUGUUCCCUGAGCUCUAAUGUUCGUGAGCGAUUUGACCUUCCCACUUUCAAAUUCAUCUUGACAUUCCUAAAGAACUUGGCCACUCUGUGGGAAGUCUGGCUGGAUGGAUUCUGCAGGGAAUUAAAGCAGCGUUGUGGCGGCCAAUAGCUUUCCCCUUAUAACCUCCAUCCCAUCCUUAGCCGCGGUCCAUGGGGAGGGGGGCAUUGUCUGCAAAAACAGGAUUGGGGAAAUUAAUGUAUUUUGUUUAGAAAUAUGGACCUUGCCAAGGAGGGCUAACUCAAUUCCCCCUCCUCUGCUCAUCCCAAAUCCCAUCUGCCAGGGAACCCUGAGUGACUUUAACAGUGUAAAGCAGAUUAAAUCACACAAAAAUAAUGUCAAAGCUAAUUCACAGUGACCCUUCCUAUUACCAGUCACUAUUUCUGUUUUUAUAGAGUAAUUAGCACAUUUUGUAAAUGCACCUUCAGUUGGUUUCCACUCUUGGACUAAAUAAGCAUUCCUCAAAACAUUCCACAGGCUCAAUCUACGAAUAUACUACAAGCAUUCCAAUGCUUUCUGUUAUGAGAUUAAAAAGUACACAAGCUGUGCCAUUCACAUGCACUCUGGAAAAUCAUUUAAUCCAGUCAGUUGUGAAAGGGCACAGGUAACACCACUGAUUGGCCCCCCUCUCUGGUUUGGACCGGAGCCCCCUCUAAUCCUCGCUUUGACGCACUCACUGAAAUGUACAAAAAGAAGAAAAAAUUUAAAGAAUAGUGGAUAUGAGACAUUUGUGUAGCACUCAUAGUUAACUUUUGACACGAUCCAGGACCAGCUGUUCCUUUGAGAUGUGUGUGUGUUUUUUUCUUUCCUUGGCAUCAGUGUGAUGAUGAUGUACACAGAAGUGUUCACUUUAUCUCAAGACAGGAUUCGGUCCUCAGUCGCCUUUUAAAAACUGAAAACUGUACAGUAGCUGGAGCAGAUUGUGUAUUGUUUGUUUAUAAAGAGUAUGUUUUAUACUAAAACAAAACUAUGUCGAGUGGUAGGUAAGCGAGGGAUCUGUGGAAGUAAAUGUUUGAUUUGAGUUUCCUUAACUGGCUUGUUUUCUGUUGGUUUUGUUUUUAAUUGUAUUUAAUUGGUUUACUUGUUUUGACCAAAAGUUUUGUUACUGUUUUGGACCCAGGUAAGAAUGAAUUUGUAUAAAUUAGUAAAAUAUAAAUUCCAUUAAAAAUGUUCCAAUUAAAUUUGUAUAAAGGAGGAUCAAACUGAGCUCAAUGGAAAAUGAAAGCUUGGUGACACAGAUAGACUCCCUGGACCACAGGACCGCUGUAUAUUUGAAAGGUGGCUGGACGAAACAUCUUCAUGCGUCAGAGCAUUUCGAGGGUGUUUUUGACCACCAGAUCUUACAGACUUAUUAUAAGUGCAGACCAGACUUGCCUGGACCGAGGACCUGAACACACACCCGAAAACCCCAGAGACUUCGGUGUGGGAGUCCACCAACGGUUCAGCAUGACAAUGAUGAUGAGGAUGAUGAAGCUGGUGAAGACAUUGUCUCUGCUCUGGGAAACUGAAUCGAGUCACAUUUGAUUUGUGGACCAAUAAGACUUCAGGAGAAAAAGUCAAAGUAACGCUGACUCCGCACUGAAUCGCAGCAGUUCCAACUGCUCCGCUUAGACGCCUCACUCAUGUGUAUAUUUUAAAAAGGAAGAAUUUUAGAAUCGUCUUUAGUGUAUCAAACCCAUUUCUAACACUUGCGUCAAUAAACAUUUGGAUAUUUAAAGCAUACAACUCCUUAUCCCCCCUCCCGUCUGUUUGACCCUUAACCUGUUUAGUUGCUUUCUGACAUCUGUGCUUUGCUUUACUCCUUUUUCUGUUCCGCAUGUGUGUAUAUUAUCAUGGUAUAAUUUAUUCUGCUGUAUGAAGUAUUAGAGUAGUGGGAAACUUGUACUGGUAUUUACUACCUUCAGCCUGUUGGUGUGUUUACUGUAACACUGGCGUAACUGUUAUCAAUUAAAGAUCCAAAACUGA